AUGGCUUCAGAAGAAGAGAAGGUAUUGGCGGAGGCGAAGAAGCUCCCUUUAGAAGAUAGGAUAGCUCAUAAGAACUGGAAGGUUAGGAACGAGGUGUAUUUGGAUAUCGCAGAUGCGUGCAACAAAAUCAAGGAUCCAAAAGACCCCAAGCUUAAAGAAUACGGUCAUUUGUUGAAGAAAGCAGUGUCUGACGCGAACGCGCCUGCACAAGAAAAGGCUUUAGAUGCAUUGAUAGCCUUUCAGUUGGCAGCAGAUGCUGAUGUCGCGAGGUUCGCCAAGGAAAUCUGCGAUGCUACGGCUACGAAGUGCCUCACGGGUCGACCAAAGACGGUCGAGAGGGCUCAGACCUCGUUUCUUCUUUGGGUCGAGCUCGAAGCCGUUGAGGUUUUCCUGGACUGCAUGGAGAAAGCGGUGAAGCACAAAGUGGCGAAGGCCGUGGUGCCAGCCAUCGACGCCAUGUACCAAGCGCUAAGCCAAUUCGGCACAGGAGUGGUUCCUCCGAAGCGCAUUUUCAAGAUGCUUCCCGGCCUGUUCAACCACGCUGACCAGGGCGUGCGGCAGUGCACCAAGGGGCUCACUGUCGAGCUCUGCCGCUGGCUGGGAAAGGACACCGUCAAGCGCUUGCUUUUCGAAGGGCUCCGUGACGCCACGAAAGCGGAGCUCGAGGCGGAAUUCGAGCGGGUCGAAGGGCGCGGUGUUCCGACGAGAAGAAUCCGUUCGGAGCAGAUGAAGGAGAUUGAGGAGCCAGAAGCGCUGGAUGCCCCAGCAGACGACUCCAAGGCCGCAGAGCCUGAGGCUGCUCCUGUGAUUGACGACUACGAUUUGGCGGACCCUGUGGACAUCUUGACGCCACUAUCCAAAACGACCUUCUACGAUGGCAUUAAAGCUACCAAGUGGUCAGAGAGGCGCGAUGCCAUUGCAGAGCUGACCAAACUGGCGAGCACCAUUCGCAUCGCACCAGGAGACUUUCUGGAUAUUCAACGAAGCCUGAAGAAGCUGACCACAGAUGUGAACAUUGCAGUUGCCACGGAGGCCAUUCAGGCAGCCGGUAAUCUGGCCAAGGGUUUACGGAAGGACUUCUCGUCUGGAGCACGUCUCAUGCUGCCAGCCCUAUUGGAGAGGUACAAGGAGAAGAAGCCGACUGUGGUGCAGGCCAUUCGAGACACGCUCAAGGCGUUCUACGUGUCAGGGUGCUUGACACUGCCAGACGCACUCGAGGACAUCACGACGGCCGUGAAGCACAAGGUGCCGCAGGUCCGCUCAGAGGUGCUGGGGUGGGUGGCGGUGUGCAUCGAGGCCAGCAAGCGGCCGCAAGUCAUGGCGGUGCACAAGGAGCUCAUCCCCAUGCUCGUUGAGAGCUUGCAAGAUGGGACCGUGGAUGUUCGAGAGGCUGGGUUCAACGCUCUUGCGAACGUUGCCAAGUGCGUGGGCAUGAAGCCGUUGGAGAGGCACCUGGAGUCGGUGGACGAGGUGCGCAAGAAGAAGCUCAUUGACGUCAUUGCCAGCGCUGGCGUCACUGUGGACGCCGCACCCCAAGCCACGGCCAGCAGGACCUCUGGGGGCAGCCAGGCGGCGUCCAGAGCUCCCCCACCCGCCAAGGCGUCUGCAGCCAGCCUGCUCAGCGGCAAAGCCGGAGCUCGCCCGUCCGCCACAGGCUCCAAGGUGGAGACGGGCAGCUCGGCUGCUGGAGGCAAGAAGGCUGGCACCGAUGCUAAGAAGCCCGCCCAGGCAGCUGCUCCACCAGAGGAGAUCGAGCCGGAGCCAUGGAGCCCCGAGACAGUGGAGGAGCGAGCCAAGGCAGUGCUGCCGCCAGAGAUGGUCGACAACCUCAAGAGCUCCGCCUGGAAGGAGCGCCUCGAGGCGAUGACGAGCAUCAAGGAGAUGGUGCCCAGCAUGGCAGACGCACAGGCCAACGUUGAGACCAUUGUGCGCCUCAUCUCCACCACGCCUGGCUGGUCCGACAAGAACGUCCAGGUGCUACAGAAGAUGCUGGAGUGUGUGUCAGCCCUGGCUGACAAGGUCGACAGGUUCCCCAAGAAGUGCGUUGUGCUCUGCAUCGAAGGUCUUAUCGAGAGGGUGGGGGACAUCAAGACGCGCAUCCAGGCCACAGCGUGCCUCACCACGCUCGCAGAAUGCGUCGGCCCUCAGUUCAUCUUCACCAGAAGCAUUCCCAUAGUGAGCGCGCACAAGAACCCCAAGGUGCUGGCGGAGAGCAUCACAUGGAUGGUCACAGCAGUCGACGACUUUGGCACCGCCCAGCUCAACCUCAAGGAGCUGUUGGAGUUUGUGAAGAACGUGGGGCUGGGCUCCAGCAAUGCGCCGUGCCGAAGUGCUGCCACCAAGCUGCUGGGCGCCAUGCACAAAUACGUGGGGCCAGAUCUGAAGGGCUUCUUGUCGGAUCUCAAGCCCGCUCUCAUGACGUCAGUGGAAACAGAGUUUGAGAAGAACCCCCACGAUCCAUCAGCAGCACCAACGAGAACAGUGAAGCGCCCAUCAAGCGGGGCAGGCGGCGAGGUAGCACCAGCAGAGGGAGAGGUAGCAGGGGGCGGAGGUGGAGGGGCAGGGCUGCCGCGAGAGGACAUCAGUGCCAAGCUGACUGCCACCCUCAUCGCCAACCUGGGCAACUCCAACUGGAAGGUGCGGCAGGAGUCCAUGGAAGCAGUCAAUGGCAUUAUUGAGGAGGCCAAUCGCCGCAUCCUGCCCGACGGCACAUUUGAGGUGUUUGGGGCGCUAAGGGCGCGGCUAUCAGACAGCAACAAGAACCUCAUCAUCCUCGCCAUGAACACCAUCGCCAACCUCGCAGACGCCAUGGGCGCUCCAGUGGACAAGCACAGCCGGGGCAUCAUAUCCGACGUGCUCAAGUGUCUAAGUGACCCCAAGCGCCAGACCAGGGAGGCAGUCGUCAAGACCCUCGACUCCUGGCUGGGAGCACUGGGCCCCGACAAAAUGAUCCCGGUGGUGGCGCCUGCGAUGAUGGACGCCAAGAUAGCAGCGGAUGGGCGCAAGGAGCUGUACGAGUGGAUGCUGCGGCAGCAGGUGCUCUCCAAGAGCGAACCCAGCAGUGCAAUCACGCUGCUGCGCGCGUGUGCAGCGGGCCUGCAGGACAAGUCACAGGAGAUCCGCAAGGCAGCUGAAGCCCUCACCACAGAGCUCGUCAAGGCCUGUGGCUGCGACGCUGUGAGCAAGGCAGCGAAGCACGAGCUGCCAGCAGCGGCGCAGCCGCCGGUGCUGCUGAUAUCGGAGAAGCACCGCGUGUCAGCGGGGAGUGCGGAGGGCAUGGAGGAGGACGAGGAGGAGCCGCCCACUGUCAGCCCGGCCCUCAAAGGCACAUCUCGUGGCACCAGGCCCCCCUCGCCUGGUUCAGGGGGCCGAGCCUCCCUCCCCGCACCACCGGUGGGGCAGUCACCAGCGUCGGCAUCGAAGCUGGGAGCGCGGCAGAUGCAGGCGGCACUGCAGGAGGCAGCGUUGCAGAACGAGCCACUCUUCAACCUCAAGGAGUCCAUCAAGGAGGAGAGGGACCGGUCGCCACGGGGUAUCAAGGUCAAGUACGAGGACCCCCGGCCCGAGCAGCUGCAGGAGCUGGAGGCGGACGUGGCGAAGAUAUUCCGGGAGGAUCUGGUGCAGCGCAUGUUCAGCAAGGACUUCAAGCAACACGUGGCAGUCAUUGACAUCUUUCACAAGGCCAUGGAGCAGCAGCCGCACGAGUUCAUGGAGGUGUUGGACCUGCUCCUGCGGUGGGUGGUGCUGCGCAUAGCAGAGGCCAACACCACGUCGCUGCUGCGCGCCCUUGACUUCCUCACAGACCUCGUGCAAGUGCUCACCAUCGAGGGCUACAUCCUCACUGAAUACGAGGCCAACAUCCUCCUGCCCUGCCUCGUUGAGAAGUCGGGGCACAACAUAGCCAACAUCCGGGAGAAGAUGCGGGAGCUGAUGCGGUCGCUUCCGCUGGUGUUCCCGGCGACACGCGUGUUCCAUGCGGUGGUGGAGGGGCUGCGCUCCAAGAACAACCGCACUCGCAUUGAAUGCGUGGAGCACAUGGAGGCCAUGCUGGAGAGGCAUGGCAUUGAGACAAUGGGCAGCUCGCGGGUGCCACUGGUGACGGUGGCGGCACUGACGACGGAGAGAGACACGGAGCUGCGCAAGGCAGCGCUGAGCAUGCUGGCGUCGGUGUACGUGGUGCUGGGGGAUGACAUCUGGCGGCUGCUGGGGAAGCUCACCGACGCACAGAGGGGGCUCAUUGAAGACAAGCUCAAGUGGAAGGCGCGAGAGAUGGAGAAGCGCAGGGAGGGGGCGCCGGGGCAGCAGAGGGGCAGGCGCAUGUCAGGAGGCGGGGCGGCAGGCAUGGAACCCCCUGUGCCUAUUGGAGCCCUGCCCUUGGCCACGAGAAUGCACAUGGCAGAAGCAGCCCAGCCACUAGCAGCAGCGCCCACGCACUACCAGCAACCUGCAUACAGCAACGGGGCAGGCAUGGUUCCAGGGAUGCCCCCAGGCAUGCCGCACAGAGCAACAGAGCCCAUCGUGACGCCCCCAAGCCACAUGGCCGCCAUGACCCGCCACCGCGCCACCGACAGCCAGGCCUAUGCGCACUCGUCGCACUCCACACAGCCAGGGCCGGAGUCAUUCUUUGAGGCCAUUCUGUUCAUUGACCGUGAAGCGCCGCCCGAGAGGGUGGUGGAGGGGCUUAAGUACCUGUUCCAUGAGAUGCGGCGGGGGAUUACGGAGGAGGAUCCCCGCGUGCUCGCUGUGUUCCGGGAGCACAUGCCGCGCUACAUCCGGAUGCUGCGCUUCCAGUUUGUGCAGUUUUUCGUGCGCUCAGUUCCCGACGCACAGGUCAAGACCUACAAAUACAUCCUCAACUCGCUGCUCACGCUAUUCGAGACCAAGUCACUGAGCAUGCAAAUCCCCGAUGACGACCUGCGACUGCUGCUGGAGGAGAUGACCAUCUUCAUGCUGCACGAGCGCGUCAAGCAGCGCAACCCCGACGACUCAACGGCCGACCUGUGCCGCGCCGUGAACAUCCUGCUGCUCAAGAUCCUCGACACCGCGCCCUCCACGCCGCUCUUCCUCUCCUUCAUGACCAUCCUGCGCCCCACCUACACCAUCAAGGGCUCCACCGCUGCUGAUGUGAAGGGGCCGGAUGGCACGCCGCUCGCUGCACUCGUUGUCAAGUGCCUGCUGCGCAUGUGCAAGAACUUCAGUGGGUACGUGGCGGACAUGGACUUUGACCGCCUGCUGUUUGGCAUCCACCAGUACUUCAGCGACUUCUCCCAUGCUGAGCUCCGCAGGAGAGUGACCACGGAUGAGCGCACACUAUCCAUAUUCCGCAAGAUCCUAGCAGAGGCCGUGGCAGCUAAGGGCCCGGCCAUCAAGGGGCAUCUGUCGCUCAUCCCCAUCGACGAGACGCCACAGCCCUUCAUCCUGCAGCAGGUGGACCUGGUGCUGCAGCAGGUGCUCGAACGCUCCUCCGCUGCUGCUGCUGCUGAUGCUGCAGUGCCUGAUGACUCCUCGCUGCCUGACCAGGACGAGUUGCAGAGCAUAGUGCGCAAGAUAGUGGACCGCAAGCAAGGAGCAGUAAGCCUUUUCGAGCUUCACUACUACAUGCAGUCACACCCUGGGAUUGACGUGUUUGCGCGGCUGUCCAGCAUCAGUGAGACAAUGAGGGAGUACCUCCAGAUGGGCAUCCUCCGCGUGCGAGAGCACGUAGCCCGUGGCGGCACCUUCGCCACCUUCGACGCCUCUGUGCUGGAGGCAGGCGCAGGCGCUACUGCCUCUGUGCCGGAAGCAGCCGCAGGUGCUACAGGAGGCAUGAGGUGGCCGUCCAGGGCGGUGCCUGCGAUGCCUGCGAUGCCGGUGGCAGAGGAGCAGCAGCAUCUGCCGUUGAGUGGGCUGCCUCCCAACGUGGUGCAACGGGGGGCGGGCGAUGGGGGGGGAUAUGGGAGCAGUGCAGCAGAUGCAGCGGCGUAUGAGAUGUCCAAGAUGAGGCUCAAUGGGCAACACUCAGGUGUCAACCCCAGAUACUGA